CCUUACAAGGAACGGAACCAAGUAUCAGUACCGACCUGCGCGCGCUAAAAUUUGCAGUUUGCACCCGGCCCUCUGUUUCGCGUGUAGACCUCGGGCUAUACUGAUCUGAUACAUUUACCUUGCAUUGCAUAAGCAAACAAUAGCCUUCUUGCACGCGGCACGCGGCAAGUCGACCCUGCACCCGAAGAGCCGCUCUGUAGGGCCUGUGCACAAUAGCUGGCACAUCCAGUAGGAAAACAUGGCUUCAGAAGGUGCAAGCAGCUCUAGCGUCGCCUCUCCUUCGGAGAGCGGCGGCAUGAGCGUGCCGAAGGCGGAGUUCAUCGACGACGUCGCAGCGUUCCUGGAGGGCAAGGAUGCAGACCGCAUCCUCGCACAGCUUCAGGAGAACCUGCGGACCUAUCGCAUGAUCGUGGAGGACCUCGUUCAGAAGCGCGUUCGCACGCUUCAAAAGCUGCCGGAGCUCCAGCGCGCCGUCGAGAUCGUGAAGCACUUGAUUGAGAAGCAGGAGUCCGGGGAGGCUACCGUCACUGACUUCCAGCUCGCGGACGGCGUGUACGCGAAAGCUAAGAUCGCCAGCGCCAAGACGGUCAACCUGUGGCUCGGUGCUGGCGUGAUGCUGGAGUACGGGCUGGAGGAGGCGCUUACGCUGCUGCAGGAGAACGAGGCGAACUGCCGGGCGAACCUGAAGACCAACGAGGAGAGCACGGCCUACAUCAAGGACAGCAUCACCACGACGGAGGUCAGCAUUUCGCGCAUCUACAACCACGACCUGGAGCGGAGACGGAAGGCGAAGGAGUCGGGCGGCAACUCGUAAUGCGGCGGCGCGGGGCGGCAGCAGCGGGGCACGCCGGCGUUGGGGUUUUGGCGGGAGGAGCGUGCGGCGGCACGGUCUAUUUAGGCGCGGUGGGCACAGUGGGGUCGGGCGUCACUGCGCCCAACAAUGAGUGAUUAGGAUUAGCGCGGCUUCCAAACGCAGGGCGCUGGGUCUUGCUGAUAGCUUUGGGGCCGUGUGUUGGGGUUGCCAGGCGUGCGGCCGGGAACGCGGCGAUGCUGCGGGUUCAGGCUACGUAGCUUGCAGAGGUGUUAGGGACAUUUGCAUCCUGAUACUGAUCCGAGAUAGAGGCUGACGCUGGAUCAUUCUGGCUGCGGGACAUAACCUGCACCUACUGAUGGAGAGUUGCAGACACAGCUCUGUCAGGUGGAGACGCGCCGCCAUCGGAGAGCAACACCUGGCUCGAUGCUGUAAUGCAGCGGGUCGAGCCGCUGGUUGUCUUGCAAGCGGGCGGCUGACAUGGGUGGACGUGAAUGCAAACUUGGGCCAACUGGCUAGGAGGGUCUGCCAGCGUGGGUGUGCUUUCUGUCGCAGAGGCGUAUUCAUAGGUCAACGACUGUGCACGGAUGUGUCGGCACGAACCUGCGUGAGGCAACUGCAUGUAAGGCGCACGGUUGUG